GACGUGCCCUGUACAAAAUUUAUUUUUGGUUUAUAUUUCCUAAACUAAUACAUAUUCAUAGCUAUUUCUAAGAAAGGGUUGGUUUAUGUGAAAUGUGUUCAUUUGAUUCGUGUCGAUAUAGAACAAUGCUAGGACCGCAUGAUGAAAUGUAACCUUCUGUCUUACAUACCCUUGUAUAACCACAUGCUUAAGAAAACAGAGUCAUCAACGUAUAUAGUUCCUGCAUCUUGCAAAGAACAUCUGGCUACAUACCUAGUUCCUGUAUCUUGCAAAGAACAUCUGGUUACACACCCUGAUAUGCAGGCUGAGCUGCUAACCGCAUAGUGUUAAGUAAGAGAAGUUUACAGGGCGCAUGCAUAAAAUCUGGGGUCAUCCUAACAGUGAGCCGAGGAAGACUGCUGACUUCAUCCAUCGACCACCAGAUAGGGGUUAAGAAGACCCUAGGAGAUAGAAAGAGCAUGCGCCACGACGUACACGCCUAUUCCAAGGAUCCAUUUACAUAAACCAACCCUUUCUUAGAAAUAGUUAUGAAUGUGUAUUAGUUUAGGAAAUAUAAACCAAAAAUAAAUUUUGUACAGCGCGCGUCUUGGUGGAGCGGAGACUCCUGGCGCACCCAGCGCUGUUUCCUUGCCUCUGUUUGCUUAAUAAAUUGCAAACUUUGAUUGUAAUCCUAUUUUGGGACUAAAUUAUUUAUCACAAUUGGGGGCUCGUCCAGGAUGGCUUUGGUUCCUGAAUUCUGACUUGAUCAAGGAAGGGCACCCCACCGAUUGGUGGCUCCUGUUCGAGUCAGGUCGGGACUGUAAUGGUUGUCUGUACUGGAAUGAAGGAAAGUGCGGUUGUAAUUCGUGUUUGCACAAUCAAGUGGAAAAUUGCGGUUGUAAAGAUUGCGAAGCUGUUCACCAAAGUGUGUACAGUGGGUUUUGCAGGUAUGCUAAAUAAAGACAAAGAAAUCAACGACAGGAUAUGCGAUUCAAGAAUCAGCCACGUAUACAUUCCCCUCAUCCCAAGAUCACCAAAGGAGGACAAACGACCCCUAGUAACAGGUAAGAGCAUGCGCAAUAUACCGAAGUUUAUGCAAAACCCAGGAAAUGGAGCAAGGAGGGGUUUUCUCAGAAAUCAAAAGAAGAACGUAUAAAAAGGAAAGCUGCAAACCUGCAAAUUGAGAACUGUUGGUGGAGCACUGACUCCCCGGCCGCCCAGCACUGCUUUGCUUGCUAAUCUCAGUAAAUUAACCGUUCAAAUUGCAAAUUGACUCUAGUUCAUUUUUAUAACAGGACUAACGCCAUCCUGAACCUGAAUAAAGGCAAGCAAAGAAUUUGAUUUUUUUUUAAUGAGCUCCCUUGCCAGCUGCAGCACUAUAUUUUGCCCAUAAUUCUGCACGUGAAGAUCCGAAUGAGGACGACGGAGCUCUGGGUGCUGACCGGGGCCCUUCUCCUCGCUGGGACUGGGGCCAGGACGAGCUUUUGGGAAAAUGUUCUCACUGGUGGGCAGGCAGACGAACUUCAGCGGGAAGUCCGGCCCCAGGGACCCCAGACAAUUCCAUGGCCCUUGGGACGAGAACAGGAGACAGGAACCCUCAGACUGUCCCCCGCCAUCCCCUUGGGAUGACAGAGAAGGCAACCGAGGACCUGAGGGCUGCUUCGGAGAGGUGAGGCAGGUGUGCGGCCCCCAGGCCCCCAGACCCUUCCAUGGCCCUGCCAAUGUUCCUUGGGACAAGGAGGACAGGAGACGGGGACCCCAUGACUGUCCCCCAGCACCCCCUUGGGAUGACAGAGAAGGCAACCGAGGACCUGAGGGCUGCUUCGGAGAGGUGAGGCAGGCGUGCGGCCCCCGGGCCCCCAGACCCUUCCAUGGCCCUGCCAAUGUUCCGUGGGACAAGGAGGACAGGAGACGGGGACCCCAUGACUGUCCCCCAGCACCCCCUUGGGAUGACAGAGAAGGCAACCGAGGACCUGAGGGCUGCUUCGGAGAGGUGAGGCAGGUGUGCGGCCCCCAGGCCCCCAGACCCUUCCAUGGCCCUGCCAAUGUUCCUUGGGACAAGGAGGACAGGAGACGGGGACCCCAUGACUGUCCCCCAGCACCCCCUUGGGAUGACAGAGAAGGCAACCGAGGACCUGAGGGCUGCUUCGGAGAGGAGCCACAGAUGCCUGACCCCAACUGCAUUGCCUGGCCUGAAUUCCCGGACAAGAUGCAGCACCCACCCAGGCACCCCGCCAGCCUGCCAUGGAGGCGAGGCGGCUUCAGGGGUGGCUGGCUGCUCAGGGGCUCUCGUGGCCGUGCUAAGGCAUGCAGCCAACUCCUUCACCUUCAGCACCAAAAGCGCAGCAAUUUCCAGCACCUGCAGUGUACCUGGCCCUCCAGAGGGAAUAAACCAUCCCCAAGGUCCUUCUCUGGGAUGAGCAAUUGGAGGGUCAGUAACCCACAGCACCGUGGUCCUCCUAAGUCAUGUAACAGCAGGAAACAGAAGGCUCAAGUUGGCCCGCCAGCAGUGAGCAGCAAGGUCCCUGAGCCCCCCACACCGGCCAGCACCCCUCAGAGGAGCCCAGCUGCUGAUCCUCAGGCUGCGACGACAGAGGCUGUGGAGCCGGAGCAGGCAGCAGGAGCGAUGCUGGUUGAGUCGGAAACCAAGGAGAAACCUGCGGGCAGCCACAGCCAGGGCCCCUCUGCUUUGGAAAUGGAGCCAGCCCCCCUGGAGGAGAGCUCUGCUGAGACAGAGAAGCACCCUGAGGUAAAGCCGUGCAGCCAAAGUGUCCCUGAGGCUGGCACCGGUGGCGGGUCACAUCCCUCGGAUCCCACAGACCCUCUGGAGCCUGUCCCCAAGGACAGCACAGCAGCCAGCUCCGUGGGAGAGGUCGGUGCUGAGCUGCAUCCGCGUUCCCAGGGACGGCAGCAUCUGCAGAGCAGAGCUGGGGAAACCGAGGCACACGCUGCCGGCGAUGGGCAUCUUGGAGGUGUUCAGCCAUCCGAAAACUCGCAGGUCCCGACAGGAGCUGCCGCAGAGCCCGAUGCACAGCCCAGCCAGGCUUCCUUGGACACCUGCACCACACCAGAGACCUCAACGCCGAGCUUGCACCCUCCUGGGUCCAGUGCGAUGGAGCCAGAUGCAGGUGACCAGCAGAAGCUCUGCUCCACGCUCCCAACACCCUCCCCAGCCAGCAUGGACCUCCGCUCCGCCGCCAUCCUCGCCAGGAAGGAGGAGAUCGAGCUGUCCUACCAGCAGUUUAGCCUGACCAUCGCGGUGGUGGCCACAAUGUUGCUGCACAAAGAGCCCUCCAUGGAGGCGGCGCUGGGGCUGGCACUGAGGGCCAACCUCCGCCAGGGCCGGAUCCAUCACCUCCAGGAGCUGGAGGACUUCAUCAACAACUACGACUCAUCCACCCUCAGCCACUGAGGGGGUGGCCAGGGCAAGCGGACAGACACCCCCUCUCACCAGCCAGGGCUGGGGGGGUGAUGGGGGGCCGUGUUGGUGCAUAGGGGUGCUUGUGAUGGUGUUGAACCCUCGGGGCAAGGUACUAUGGACAUGCUGGUGUGGUCCCACCAUCCCUCUUGGAGAUGGAGGAGGCGGGGGGGGGGAUAUGCUUAGUUUUAGCCCUGCCCAGACCUGUAUGGGCAGCAAAAGGGGGAGCUGGUUUGACUGGAGGGUGGUGGGAGGGAGAGCGGCUGCAGGGAGCUCCCAGCCACCCUGGCUCCACGCUCUGUUCCUGGUUCACAGGGAUGUGCCCAGAAACCCUGGGGGUUGUUCUUGGCUUUAAAUCUAAUAAUAAACUGGCUGUGAUCUUUGCA